AUGCCUGCUCCCAUCGAGCAGCCCUCCGAGCCCGUCGUGCUCGUGCGCGACCCCGAGGCUGAUGAGAGCUACGUUAUCUCUGCCUACGAAGCCCACGCCGACCACUGCACUCGAUGUGCAGACCCGAUGACCGUGUACGAAGAGAAGCGCUCCCUCUGCAAGCGUGGUACCCAGUAUGCCCGGGACGUGGCCGAAUACCUUCGCAGCAAGAACGGGAAGAUCUACUCCGUCGUUGACCUUGAGCGCAACCGAUCCACCCUGGUCAGGGUGCCCCUCAAGUGCGUCGCUGUUCGCCAGCUACUGCUGGCAAUCGAAAAUGGUCUGCGUGUGAACACCAGGGAGGAAGUCACCGCUCGCGAGCGGCCGAUAAUCAGCCACGAGCCAGCCCCUGUCCGCCGGACUGCCACCCAGGAGGAUGUGGCCUGCACUGCGAUCAUUGAGCGGGAACCACGAUCCCUGAAGCGUCACCGGGUCAUCGUCUACACCUCUCCGCAGAGCUCUCCCAGCCGUGGGUCUCUGUAUGAGGCCGACGCAGCUGACCGCAUUGCGCGUGUCAAUCGGUCCUCGCGCAUCUACCGGCCGAGCGACUACUACCGCUGA